GUCAGUAAAAAAAAAAAAAGUUUUCUCCCGCAAUCACAUGAUUUCCUUGUUGGGUUAUUAAUAGAACAAGGAGAAUAUAUUCCUUACAGUUUCAUAUUAAGGUAACCUAGGAAACGAGCCCUUCUCCAUCUGCACAGACCUGUCCUUUCUCGCGGGAUCUAAGUGAAAUAUUUAUGCAAAUCUAUUGGUCAUUUAAAGGUAUGGAUAUGAGGUAUUAUCAUUCAAAAUUUCGGAUUUAUUGUGUGAGACGUAUCCUGCUUUCAAGUUGGAUAUUACACCUGUGGGGAAUAUCCUGGUGAGUUUGGAUAUAUCACAUUUGUUGGAAUUUAUCCUGGUGAAUUUUUGGGGGUAAUUAGAUUUUCCGAACCAUGGAUUCUAACCACAAUUUACCUGGGAUCGUCGUGCUUGGAAGUAAAUCGUUGCCUGUGAUGGAUUUAAUACCCCUAUAUUUUCUUGAGAAUUAUUUUCGGACAGGUUCAUUUAUGUAUGGACUAUACAUCAGAAAAGACAGAGCGCAUUUUUUCCCCACUGCUGGACAUAAACUAUUUUUCUGGAUGUCUCCAAACCAAGGAUGUCUGCUUCUUGUCUGGAUUUAAAUAACAUCAUGGACCAAAGGAUGUAAGUUGUCAUUGAAAGGAUGUAAAUUUGCUAGUUAUCAGUCAUCACAGUGCCCCAUCAGUACAUCAUUCACCGCUAAUUGAUCAUUUUCAGACAAGGAAACAAUAUUUUACAGGGUAUUAUUGUAAUUUAGUAAGGUGCUUAUAUCAAAAGGAACUAAAGAGAAACUGAGGAGUAACAGAACACUCAUCAAGAAAUUCCAUGGAAAUAUUUUUGGGGAGAGCGAUGGCCACGAAGACAACUGAAGACAUGCAUUUUGGAUGUACCUGCCUCAUGGAAGAAUGGAUGUAACCCCUGUAUUGGAUGUAAGGAUGUUGGGUAUAGGAUGUACACGUGUAACUGCAUUUCCAUUGCUGGAUUAUUCCGCUCCAGUGUGGAUUUAGCUGUAUAUCCUCUCAGCAUCAAUAUUUGGUUUGGGUUACGAACAAAGAAUAGAUACAUCAGCAUUUUCAGCGAAAAUCGAAUGAAGACUGAAGAGGAUGUCGUCUACACAAAGUGAUGGGAGUAGACGGUCUAUUUUUGCCUUUGGGAUAUGGAAAAGGCCUAUUUUAAGGAAUUAAUUAUCUUGCAGUGGACUAGGAUUAUUCCAUGCAUUUUGGUGAGAGAAGAUGCUGUUUUUUUUACAGGAGUGUAUGCAAACUGGUUUCCUAGUUUUGAAGAGGAAUAAUACCGGUCUCUCUUUUGGACAGUAGUAUGCAGACCAUUCAUGCAUUUUUUGCUUCUUUAUACUAGGUUACCAUAAGCAAAUUGGACAUAUUUUCAGUCUGGCCCAUCUCUAGUGUUAAUUUUGGAAUGCACUGCUAUGUGUGACUCUUUGUUAUUUUUUUCAAAUCAUACCUUUACUACUGCAUCAAUAUUUGUCAUAAGAAAUCCAUUGCUUUGGUUAUUUUGUUUUCUUCUUUUUUCCAUCAAACAAAGAGAUUAAGAAAUUACGGAUUAUACCUCAGAUACCUACCUAACCUGCUGUUCUUCUCGAACGUCGAAGACUGUACGCAUGAUGACAAAAUAAACAUUUUUGCUCCUUUUUUUUCUUCAACAAAAAAAAAAUCCUGCUCACACCAUUCUGUCCUCCUAGAUUGUAUUUGGGAUUAUAGGUUCGGUUACCGCUUUUGGAAAAGCUCAGAGAGCCGGGAACGUGCAUAUGAUCACAGCCCCUAUGGACACCAUGAGCGCGGUGGCACUUUUGAUAGACAGCGUCACUACAACGCAGACUAUUACCGCGAUCGCACCAUGUUUGCAGCUGGAGUUAGCCCGGGGCCAGGAAGUGCCGGUGCUAUGGGUGGGAGCUUUGAAACCCCGGAGCCUCAUUUUGAGUCCAGGAUCCGAGGAGAUCCCUUCACCUUGUCUAGUGCUGCGCGGCGUGACCCCUAUCGAGAUGACCGAGGGCGUCGUGUUGACAGAACUUACCAUCGCCGCAGUCGGUCAUCUCAUUCUUCACAAUCUCGACACCCCUCCCCGCAAAGGACCACGGGGCAAACGCCCAAAGCCCCCCAUUCCCCCAAAAGAGCCCCCCUCUCCCCAGGUAGAGGUCCACGCUCUAGGUCUCGUAGUAGGUCCUCUAGCUCUGAUUCUGUCAGCAGCACCAGCAGUACCGGCAGUGGCAGCAGCGAUUCAAACAGCAGCUCAAGUGAUGGGUCUCAUGCACGCUCUGUUCAGUCCUCUGCUACACAUGCACCCCCCUCUCAGCCGUGCUCUAUGGUAAUGGAAGGUGAUGAACCACGCAGAAGCUUUGGCAUCCGGGUGCAGAACCUACCAGUGCGCUCCACAGACACAAGUUUAAAAGAUGGACUGUUCCAUGAGUUCAAGAAACAUGGGAAAGUGACAUCCGUGCAGAUCCACGGGGCCUUGGAGGACCGAUAUGGUCUGGUGUUCUUCAGACAGCAGGAAGACCAAGAGAAAGCCCUCAACGUCUCCAAAGGAAAGCUUUUCUUCGGCAUGAUGAUUGAGGUUUCUGCCUGGAACGGCCCUGAAACAGAGAGCGAGAAUGAAUUCAGGCCUUUGGAUGGACGGAUUGAUGAAUUUCACCCCAAGGCGACUAGGACCCUGUUUAUCGGCAACUUGGAGAAGACCACCAGUUACCAACAACUACUUGAUAUCUUUCAGCGCUUUGGAGAGAUUGUGGAUAUUGACAUUAAAAAGGUUAAUGGUGUUCCUCAAUACGCCUUUGUGCAGUAUUCUGAUAUUGUCAGUGUCUGCAAAGCUAUAAAGAAGAUGGAUGGAGAGUAUUUGGGGAGCAACCGGCUCAAGCUGGGUUUUGGGAAGAGUAUGCCCACAACAUGUGUUUGGCUGGACGGUUUGGCUUCCAACAUCACAGAGCAAUAUCUCACACGUCACUUCUGCCGCUAUGGACAUGUAGUCAAGGUGGUGUUUGACAGGUUGAAGGGGAUGGCUCUCAUCUUGUAUAACAACACAGAUUUUGCACAGGCAGCUGUCAGGGAGACCAAAGGCUGGAAGAUUGGCGGCAACAAAAUAAAGGUGGAUUUUGCCAGCCAAGAGAGUCAGAUGGCUUUUUAUCGCUCUAUGCAGGCCUCUGGGCAAGACAUUAGAGACUUCUACGAAAUUCCAACUGAAAGAAGAGAGGAACGACCAAGACCUCCAUACCAUGAGUUCUCAGCAGAAAGAGCCUACUUUGAGAAUGCACGCACCCCUGGCACCAUUUACCCCGAAGAUCCUCGCCGAGACUAUCCUGCCCGCAGCCGUGAGCGGUAUUCUGAACUGGAGCACUACCAGGGAGAACACUUUGACCCACGCUACCAUGAAGACCCCCGGGAGUUCAGGGAUUAUCGAGAUCCUUUUGAGCAGGACAUUCGGAAGUACACAUACAUCCAGAGGGAGCGAGAAAGGGAGCGGGAGCGCUUUGAGGCAGACCAUGGCAUGUGGAGCCCCUCUCAUCCACGGCGACCGAUCACCCCUUCUGCCUCCCCUUCACCAUCUGAGCGUGCUCCCAGAGACCCAGAGCGACGGGUCUACAGUCAAUCCUCUGAGCGAAGUGGUAGUUGCAGCUCACUCUCACCACCACGCUUUGACAAGACUGACAAGGCUCCUCCUUUGGAACAUGGAGCCAGCUCUAAGAGUGAGAGGUUGGAAAAAGACAUCCACCUGGUUGAACCUGAGCGUGUUGUUGGGGCUGAGAAGAGCAAGCGGGGGAGACGAAAGGAGAAAGGUGACAAAGAAAAAGGGGAGAAGAGUAAGUCAAGGAAAGCAAAGGUGAAUUCUCCCAGCAUCCCUCCAUCUGAGACAGAGCUAGAACCCAGCCUGGAUGGAGGCUCUGGAAGGGGAAAGGUGUCAGACCAGGACAGCCUUGACAGACAGCGGUAUAAAGGUGACAAUGACCCUCCUUCAGAUCCGACAACGUCAACCUCUCGCCAUGAGCCUGUAAAAAGUGAGAGGCUUGAGUCGGGGAAAGGUGAGAAUGCAGACAAGGAUGGUAAAACACGUUCCAGAAAACACCAAAAAUCUGACACUGGAAAUGAUGGGAAAGAUCCAUCAGUGGAUUCUGAUAGGUUGGCUGCGAGAAAGAGGCGCUUUGGAGAUGCCAGUGGGAGAACCAUUCGACAGAAGAGGAGAAGGCUGGAAGAUGAGGAUGGGAGUCAACCCCAAGACUUUGGAGCUAGCACUGCCUUUACAAAAGAGAUUGAUGGUGACAGAAAGUCUCAGCAAAAAGACUCACAGCGGAGGGAUUCAAGAUCCAAAUCAGAGAGACUGGUGUUUCUUGGCAGUCAUAAAGAGGGUCAGGAUCCUGCAAUGAGAGGACAAGAAGAGCUGCCCGAGGGGAGCAUGGACCCUAUGGACUCAAAACGCCACAGUAUGUCCAGAAGGUUCUCCCAUGAUGGGAACAUGGACCAAGACAAUGCAAGAAAUCAAGAUCCACAGAGCCCUUUCAAAUAUGGUGCACAAGACAAUGACAAGGGUGUCAAGGAAGAGCCUCUGGAUAUUGAUCUCUCCCAAAGUUACCGCAAACAGAUGGAGCAAAGGAGGCUCCACCAACAGCUUCAAGAGCCAGACAAACAAGAAAAAGCUGGGAGUCCACAAGGCUUAGAAACGGAGGACCUGGAACACCGCAGUCUGGUACAUGAAGUGGGCAAGCCACCUCAAGAUGUCACAGAUCAUUUCCCAUCUCAUAAACUCAAGAAACUAGAGCAAUUUGACGCAGAUAUCAGUGCCAAGAGGGGGGACCGUGUCUACAGGAGCUUCCGGCAAAAGAGUGAAGAUCCUGAGUGGCACAACACUGCAUCUCCAGGCUUGCAACACUUCUCUCAUCAUGCUGAGCAGGACUUUGCUGAAUCUUCACAUCUCAGGGAGGUUAAAACGGAGGAUAAAAGCCACCCAGACCUGGAGCUGGCAGUCAAAAGGACACAUACAACGCAAAUGUCCAAGCCAAGCACUCCUUUACAACUUAGUGAAGAAGAGCGGGAAAAACAGUGGGAGAGCAGAGUCAAGCAAGAUUUUUUACCUGACUUAAACUUCUCCAGAGGCAUUGGAAAAAAUACGCACAAUCGCAAGCGUUUGGAGUAUGGAAUUUUGCAAGAUUUGGAGCCUGGGGAAGUACGAUCCGAUUCCGAAGAGGAUAGAGAGCACAAACCACAUUCUCCUAUGCCCUCCACUUCUAUGCCUUUCUCUGACGGGCAACGAGUGGACAGAUUUUCAGACCCCAAGCUUGCCACUUUGGAGAGGAUGAAGUUCUACUCCUUUGCACUUGACCAGACCAUCACACCAGAUACCAAGGCUCUGCUAGAGCGAGCAAAGUCUCUGUCCUCCUCUAGGGAGGACAACUGGUCUUUCUUGGAUUAUGAUUCACACUUUGCUGGUUUGCGCAGCAGGAAAGAUACUGAAAAGGUUGAGUCAGCACCACGGCCUACACCCUCUUGGUACAUGAAGAAGAAGAAAAUUCGCAGUGGUGGGUCUGAAGACAAACUAGAUGACAGGAAGGAAGACCCCAAGCCCAAGCCAGAGGAACAUGAACGCAGGGAACUGUUUGCCUCUCGUUUCCUACACAGCUCAAUCUUUGAGCAGGACUCAAGACGUCUUCAGCACCUAGAGCGAAAGCAUGAGGACCCUGAGCAAAGUCCGGCUCAACAAACUGGUCAGCUAGGCCUGGCAGAUGGGCAGCCUGACACAGAACCAGUUGUCCUCUUCCAUAGCCGCUUUUUAGAGUUCACGCGGCUGCAACAGCAGAAAGACCAACAGUUACAUGAAGUAAAAAGAGCAGAUUCUGUAGAUAGUAAUAGGGUGGCAGAACAGCAACCUCUGCAGUUUCCUAAAACAUCAGAACCGGUCAUGGAUCCAGAGACUAAACCUAUUAGCCCUGCUGAGAACCACAUGAUUUCCCAGCCCCCACUUAUGCCCAAGGAGAUGUCUCCACCUAAGCAAAUGUCUCCACCCCUUCCACCCAAGGGGAUGUCUCCACCCCUUCCACCCAAAGAAAUGUCUCCACCCCUUCCACCCAAGGAAAUGUCUCCACCCCUUCCACCCAAGGAAAUGUCUCCACCCCUUCCACCCAAGGAAAUGUCUCCACCCCUUCCACCCAAGGAAAUGUCUCCACCCCUUCCACCCAAGGAAAUGGCUCCACCCCUUCCACCCAAGGAAAUGGCUCCACCCCUUCCACCCAAGGAAAUGGCUCCACCCCUUCCACCCAAGGAAAUGGCUCCACCCCUUCCACCCAAGGAAAUGGCUCCACCCAAGCACACGUCUCCACCCCUUCCACCCAAGGAUAUGGCUCCACCCAAGCACACGUCUCCACCCCUUCCACCCAAGGAAAUGUCUCCACCCAAGCACACGUCUCCACCCCUUCCACCCAAGGAAAUGUCUCCACCCAAGCACACGUCUCCACCCCUUCCACCCAAGGAAAUGUCUCCACCCAAGCACACGUCUCCACCCCUUCCACCCAAGGAAAUGUCUCCACCCAAGCAUACUUCUCCACCCCUUCCACCCAAGGAAAUGUCUCCACCCCUUCCACCCAAGGAAAUGUUUCCACCUCAUCCACCCAAAGAGAUGUCUCCAAUAGUGGAAACACAUGACCUGUUUACUCCAGAGCCAAAGGGUCCAGAGCCAGCUGCACCCGAACCUUUGACAAAAGAAAACAGAGAAAAUGAACAGCUCCCUCCCCUCCUGCAAAUACCUCCGCAUGAGAUGUUGACCCCUGCUUCUGUUAAUUUAGUAGCCCCUGAGCACAUCCGUUCUGUGAGAAAAGUUAAAAGAACCCCUAGUGGAGAGAAAUCUGAAGAUAUAGCUCAGGAUAUUCAAAUAUUGAACCCAGAGCAGUCUUCCAGCAGUGAUUGCCUUCAUGAAACAUCAGUGAGUAGUUUUGUACCAGAGCCUGAGCUGGCGGCACCUGAAUUACCACCUGAAUUUUUAAGUUCCACACCACCUAACCCUGUUGAGGAGAUGGAGGUUUCAAAAGAUGAUACCAACACUGACAAUACAGACACUCAUACAGAGGUGGAAAAGAAACUUGAACUCAAUCAGACCCAGGUGCUUGUUGAUAAUGAAACCAGUGAUGAGUCAAUUUCACCACCUCAAAAGUCCAAGAACAAAAAGAGUAAGUCUCCUACUCAAGUCCCACUGACUCCUUUGGUUUCAACAACUAGUUCAGAGAAACCACUUACCCGCAAGAGUGAACGCACAAAACGUGCAUCAUCCCCAAGAGCAGAGUCUUCAAAGGGAAACUCCGAUUCCAAAUCCACAGGCAAGUCUCCCAUACAUGGAGCAGACCCUGAACAUGGCACAGAGCAGAGUAUAUCUGUUGGAAGAGCAAGGCGUAGAAAUGUGAAAUCUGUGUAUGCCACCCCAGUUGAGGAAGAUGCCACUAAGGGGGCUGGAAAGGAUGUAACUGAGUCACCCCGCACUGCACGGAAACGAGGUGGAGACAAAGACAAGGAAGCAGCCCCUCAGCAACCGUUAGAGCAGGAUUCCCUUGCACCUAUUACUUCAAGGCGGGGACGUCCCCCUAAGAAUCGGCGACAAGGAGAGGACAUGUUAACAGCUAAAGGGGAUAGAUCGAAAAUGGAGACCAAGGAUACAGACUCCAAUGAAUCAGAGAGUAGUGAAAGAAUUUCAAAAGUGUCAAAAGGCAGACAUUCUCCUCAUGGUCAUAAAGCUUUGGCGAGUCAAUUACCCAUGCCCAUAGCGACUGGAUCAAGUAGGAAGGGGGACAAAACUGAACCACCUGAAGAUGUUUCUCAGCAGAUGGAUUUUACAGAAGACAGUUUGGCCAUGCAGGAUUGCACUGUCUCAUGUAAGGAAGAUACUGUAGCACCAGGUGUGACAAAGAAAGAGGAGAAUGUUAAGCAACAACUAGGAACAGAGAAAUCACGAGAUAAAGACAGGCAGAAAAAGGACCCUGUUGACGAGAAAGCCAGUGUAACUAAAUUUGGCGAGAAAGAGUCUGAACCACCAGUCGUGGAAGAACAGCCUGUAUUGGAGAAAAUGGAGAAGAGUGGGAGAGGAAAAGCUCCACGCUUGACACGGACUCCAAAAUCUCCUGUCCUCAAGAACCUGAAGAUCAGACUAAAUGUCACUGAGGUGAAAGAUUUGCUUCAAAUGGGGGAUGAGGAACCUGAAAAUGGGGAUGAUUCUUCUAAAAAGACCAAACCAGGCGAAUCUACUAAUGACCCAUUAUUAGAGUCUAGCCCAGGAAAAGAUGUGAGUUCUAGCAACGAGGAUAAAGAUGAGAGCACACCAGAAACUAAGCCGCCAAUAGAUCCUAAAACUUUGCUACAACAGGAACAGGAGCUUGAGCAAGCUGUGGAGAACAUUGCUAAACUGACAGACCCAACCCUCCCAGCAGAGUCACCAACUCCACUUGCCCCACUAUCUGCAGAAUUAAAAAUUGACACUGAGGAAGAGAAAUCUGCCAAUCCUGCUAGUGAGUAUGAACUUGCUGCUGCCAUUGAUUCGAUUAUGGGUGAGGAUAUACCCGUCCCUCUGCCUCAAGAGCCGGUAAUUAGUGCUGUUGUGGAUUCAGACCUAGAGAUUCCAUCCUUCGUCCAGCCGACCAAGGGAGCUGAACCUGUUAGUAACAUAUCCCCUAUUCAGGGGGAGUCCUUUUUCCCAACUACACCCAGGAAGGGUGCUAAGGGCAGAGCUAAAACACCGAAACGGUCUAAGAGCCAAAAAUCUAACAAAAAGGACGCUGUAAAAGAAAUUUCAUCAGAACCGGAGAACACCUCUGUUAUCACAUCAGACAGCAUACCCUCUAAUUCACAGCCUGUUCCAGAAACUAUUCCCUCAACCCCAGCUGCCGGUGUCAUUACAACCACCUCUUGGAAGCCUAAAACGGAGCAUUUGGCUCCUAAGGCUAUGGACAUGCCUAAAGAAUCGAAGUUACCUCCAGUCCUUACAGAGCAACCUCCACCUCAACAUCUGAAACCUGUCUGCCCCCAAACAAAAAGUCCCACUCUCCCCAAGCCUCAACAACAACAACCACCACCACCACCUGAGUGCAUCUCACCUUCACUUUCUCCACCCCCAACCCGGCCAAACAUCAGACCCACACAGCCAAGCAGGAUACCAGUUUCCCCACCAGAUUGGCUCAACCAGUCCAAGGACGCAGGUGUCUCUUCCUCUCCUAGAGCAUCAGCAGCUUCCUUUGAGAACCCAGCAAUUCCCUCUGACACUGAGCCCUUGGAGACUGAGCGUAACAACAGUGACUUGCGUAGGAUUCUCAUGAAGCACAAAAAUGUUUCACUCCCAGUCCCAUGCAGUAGUUCUGUUCCUAGCAAUUUGGGCACCUUAUCCCUUAGGGAUCCUCCACACCUACCUGAAAGUAAUACCCCAAUGGUUGCUGUGACGAGUAAGACCUCUCUUAAUGACAACAGGCCUCAUCCAGCUCAGCCUGUAGUCCGGCCCCCAGCCUCACUACCAUCCCCUGAGUCAAAGUCUGUCAUUUCUGUUAUUGCCUCCACUGCCACCUCUGUUAUCAGUCGUGUUUGCAAUCCACCUGACAUGGAGAAGGUUAAUAUGUCAGUUGACAGAAAUCCCGUAGUGGACAUGCCACUUCCCAAGCAGACAUACAGGCCGCCCAGCAUGGAGGACAGGGACAGUGGUUCGUACCAUGGACCAUCAGUUGGCGAGGAGGGUGGAAGUGCUGGGAGGUACUUGGUUGAGAGCUCCGGUCUGGGUACUGGCUCCAGCCCAGGUCUAAGGGUGAAUACCUCAGAGGGAGUGGUGGUGUUGAGUCACUCAGGACAGAUCAAGGAGGGACCACAGAGGAUAAGUGCCAAAAUCAGCCAGAUCCCACCAGCUACUGUAGUUGACAUGGAAUCUCAGCAGCUAGUGUCCAUGCCCCAGAUAAAACAGGAGAUGUAUACCCACUCCCAGUCAAACACUCCAAAGUGUCCUCCAAUACAGACAGACCAUGGGCACCUUAAGACACAACAAACGGUUUCCUCCAUUAAACAAGAAAACACUGGUAUGGAAAAGUUAGAAUCUCCCUACCCAUCAGGGCCUCAAGGAGGAGUCGUGAAGAGGCUUCAGCAGACAGUUGGUAAUCCACAAGUGAUGGGUUACCAUCAUUCAGAGUUCACAAUGUUAUUGAAGCAUCCAAAGAAAGUGGAUGGGGCUGACGCUAUGAACGCUGAUGGGUGUAAACCAUCUUGGACCUCUGCCAUAAGUCCUGCAAUGAGCCCCCACCUGCCCUCUCCGGCUGGCAACCAUGUAGGCUUUGUUCCCGGUUCGGCCACUGACAGAACUCCCUCACAUCUCAGUGGGGUCAAACAGGAGCCCCGUUCUCCUCGCAAGUCAGGCCAUCCACAUUCUCCGUUCACUAAAGUGUCCUCUCCCAUCGGCUCCUCCUCUCCCAAAGGCCUCCCUGGGAUGCUGCCCUCUAGCCUGCCCGCCAUGCAGCAGUAUGUCACCAGUGUCCACCACCCUGAGCAGUCUGUCAUCAUGCAACCUCACAGUGCUCACGGUGGCAUUGGAAGGAUGUCACCCCAUCGUGCCUCCCAAGCAAUCCCCAUGGGGCACCUUGUCCAAGGAGAGGUCAGGGUGAACACGCCACCCCUAUCUGUCAUGAGUUUCGGGAUGCAUGGAGACCCUCUUGCCUCUCCCUGGUCUGGUCCUCUCCAGCAACGCCCCACCUCGCCCCAGGCGGUAGGCAGAGACAUAGUCCUCAAGGUUAACCCUGGGAAUGUGAGGGGCCAUGAGGGAGAGCAAGACGAUGCCAGGCGCUUCCAUCAGGCCACAGGGAGACAAUCUGCCACACAGCUGAAAGCAGAGACUAUGCAGCCGGAUCCCCGUGGGGCUCUACUUAGCGGGCUGCAGCUGGACCCGUACAUGUCGCCCAGGGACUUGCGUGUGCUCAUGCACCACCCUCAGGGAGAGCGCUCGGCCCCAGAGCCACACCAGGGACACAUCCAAGAGACUGUCCCACCCUCCUCAACAUCUACCAACAUCACCUCGUCGAUGUCCCCCAGGGCACAUCUGCUGGCUAAAGGUGUGUCCGAGAAGGAUGUCACAAAGCCACAGGAGGUCAAGAGGCCACACUCUCCUCCAAAGGAUGGGAUGAUGGGGUUUCGGCCAAGUAUGGCCGCCAUGGCGUCGCCCCAAAGGGUGCAGCUGCUGCCAUCGGGGACGGGAGCUUCUUUCUCGGAGUAUCCAGGAAUUUACACCAACACCCGGGCCAUCCAUUCACAGAUCACUGAGACCUCUCCUUUUGGGAUCAACCAGGUACCUCUCAACAUCACUUCUGCCUUAGGUGCAGAUCCCAGCCAGUCACAAGCUGAUGUCAAGGUGAAACAAGUUGGACAGCAACCUGUGAACAUGGUGCAGCUGCUCACGAAGUACCCGAUAGUGUGGCAAGGGCUGCUGGCACUGAAAAAUGACCAGGCUGCUGUCCAGUUGCAUUUUGUCUGUGGCAACAAAGGAUUGGCCCUACGGUCACUGCCCCUACCAGAGGGAGGAUCGCUGCUUCGGAUCGUCCAGAGAAUGAGACUCGAGGCGUCACAACUGGAUGGUGUGGCUAGAAGAAUGACACAGGGGGAGAGUGAGUUCUGUCUCCUGCUUGCCCUGCCAUGUGGACGGGACCAGGAGGAUGUCCUGAACCAGACCCAGGCCCUAAGAACCGCUUUCAUCAACUACCUUCAGGCCAAGCUGGCUGCAGGCAUCAUCAAUGUCCCCAACCCAGGCUCCAAUCAGCCUGCCUACGUGUUGCAGAUAUUCCCACCAUGUGAGUUUUCAGAGAGCCACCUAUCCCGGCUAGCCCCUGACCUCCUCAACCGGAUCUCCAAUAUCUCCCCUCACCUCAUGAUUGUCAUCACCUCUGUUUAAGGAUCCCCCCCUCCCCUCCCCCAGCGGGAAAAGGGAACCACCUCUUUUCUUCAGUGGACGUACUUAACGUUGAGCCUCAGGAACCAAGAGGAAUGGCAGGAUCUUUGCUCCUGGAGACACAGGGAACAUGUAGGAAUAACGUCCUAUUGGAACUUUUACCUUUUCCAUAUCAAUUCUUUUUUCCCUUUUUUUUUGGUCACUCCUGGUAUUUUUGUCCUUCUCAAAAGAGCGAGCUCAGGGAUGGACCAGACCAGAGCCCUAUAUGUGUCCAUUCUUAUUGGACUUUUUUUUUCUUUUUCUGCUGUCUUUGUAUUUAUUGGGGAGUUUUAUUUUUACGUAGGGAGAUACUUUGAUGAAAAGAAUGAGUGACUAACUGUGUGGCCUUUUUUUUCUUCAUCUUUUUAAUGGUUCAUUUUUCAAUUCUUCAUAAGAAAGGAUCAUAGGUCAUUGUACAACAAUGGCAAAAAUAGACAUUUCAACAUGUAUUUAAACAAACGUCAUUUUUCAGCCUAUCCCAUAGAGGAGAAAGAAUUAACCUCAAAAUACUAUUAGGGCACCCUAAUAGGGUCAUGUCUCAAAUGGCUCCCUACUCCUCAUAUAGUGCACUACUUAGGGCUCUGGUCAAAAGUAGUACACAAAGGAAAUAUGUUGCCAUUUGGGACUCAGAUCUUGUAGAGAGGACAGUGUCAGCCUAACCAACCCCUUUGAUUCCACCAGCUCUACUGUUCCAUUUUCUCUCUACUCAAACCAGACGAGGCUCUUCCCUUCCACCUGUUUCAGCAUUAUACGAGCAACAGUGGGAUUAAAGAGUUUUUGGAAUAAUGGACUCUGUAAAUAUUUUAAAUAUUUAAAACGGACUAAAUGGAACUUGAGACGACUUGACACCAAGAGACUUCCAACCAACCGUGGAAAUACAAGAUGGUAAGGUGGGAUUGCUGGGGUUGUAAGGAAGGACGCAGAUGAAACCCCUUGAUUUCGUGGAGUAAAUGCUUCUAAUACAGCAGGUUGGCAAACUCUCGUGUGGAGUUUGCUGAGGGCACAUCACAUUUUGUUACUCCAAUAAAAAAAACAAUCCAGAAAACUUGAACAUUAAAUGAGCUCUUUUAUUUCAUCUGGAUGUCUGUCAUUGUUGUUUCUCUUUGAGAUGCUGUCUGUUUGAAAUAAAUGUUUGAACAUAAUCUGUA